AUGUCUCUCUCCUCCCCAGAGGCGUCUUUGUGUUGUGGGGAAGCUGGGAAGAAAGAAAAAGACAGCGCGCGGGGCACGAUGGGAAAGGGAAAGAGAGAAGAGAGUCCUCUGCCAUAUGAUUUGCGGUUCUCUGGCCGGAUUUGCGGUUCUGUGGUUUUGGCUAAACCAGCCGACUAUUUGGAUGCUUUUGAACGCUGUUGUGAAGAUAAUAGUUUAAAAGGGGUUUCGAUUCUGUUUCACGGAUUUUUUACAAUUCAUGUUUUUGGAGCGGUUGUCCGUCAUCUUGCGCCUUUUCCCUCUUCCCAUCGUCCCCCGCGCGCUUUCUAUUUUUUCGAUUACUGCUAUUCUUAUAGCGAUACCCAGCUGGAGCCUCUGCGGAGGAGAGAGAUCUGAUGUCCCUUUUGUUCGCCCUGGAGGACACACACAGGGCACCAAAUUAUGGUAUUCUUGAUAGCGCACCCAUACCACAGGGGUUGUGUUUUCACAGGGACAAUUUUGUCCCAAUUUUGACUAGAUAG